CUUCAAUCGCCAUAUUGGGUAGCCUACAGAAAAGGCUUGUCUGUUUUUUUUUUUUUCUUGUCUUUUAAUACAAGACGAAUUUGACAGGAGUGUUUUUUGCAAUUGCACUUUGUUUUUCAUGAUCCUCCGAGUUUGCAUUUGCUCGCAUUGGGGAUUUUAAUUUAUUGUAUUAUUUUUACGUCUGGUAAUUGCAGAUUCCUUUGCGUUUCUGAUAGUAUUUUUGCGUGUGUUGUGAUCGUUAUAGAGGGAAGAUAGAAAACAAGCCCCAAGAGGUUUUUUGUUUUGUUUUGUUUUGUUGUUUUUUUUUUUUUUUGUUGUUGUUGGAAAACAUGUCAAACGUCCGUAUUUCGAAUGGUAGCCCUACUUUGGAAAGAAUGAAUGCAAGGCAGCCAGAUCAUCCUAAACCUUCGGCUUGCAGGACCCUUUUUGGCACCGUGGAUCACGAAGAGUUAAAGAGAGAUUUAAAGGGACAAUUGCUGGAACUCGAAGUGGCAUCGUGCGCGAGAUGGAAUUUCGAUUUCGUAAAUCACAAGCCAAUGAAGCCGGGGAGGUACGAAUGGGAAAUUGUGGAUGAUGAAGAAGUGCCUGGUUUUUACACCAGAACCCAUUCCUCAUCUAAGAGGAUUUCUUCUGGAAAAAACAAAUUGGAUCUUAACGGGAAUCAUAAUGCUGCUGUGAGUCCAUGUCAGCGAAACCUAGCAGAUAGACUUUCAGACGAGCAGAAACUCGAAAAGCUGGAAAGUCAGCUGGACUGUCAAGACUAUUGCACCGGGCAAAGGAAAAGACCGGCUGCUAACGAAUCGACCUCACAGAGUAAGAGAGCCAAUUCUGGCACCACAGACGAAGUCUCAGGAGCAAAGGUCCCAAAUGUAAGCUCGGCAGAGCAGACGCCCAGGAAAUGUAGUCAAGACAAAAUACGUAAACAGAGCUGAAGAUUUGAAUUCCUUAUUCAUGGGAUAGGACAGUGCUGGGUGGAGCAAAGGGGAAUGCAGUUAAGGAAGAUACAUAUCGUUGCUUCUCCCAGUUAGACACUGUACAAGCACUGAAAAAAACAAAACAAAACAAAAAAAAACACUAAAUUCUGGCACUCCAACAAAUAAAUACAAAUAAAACCUGCCUCUAAAGCAGUGUAUGUAGCAGCGUGCAAUUAGGAUUUCCUUAUUUGCUCUUUUGUUUUCUUACUACCUUUUUUAUGAUUUAUAUGUAGCACAUAAAAAUAAA